AUGAAGCUGGUCACUGUAUUCCUGCUGGUGGCCAUUGGCCUUUGCAGUUACUCCGCUACGGCCUUCUUCUUCAACAGUGUGCCACUUCCUGACAAGGAUGUCAUACCCGUAUCUGCAGACGCUCUCCCCCUCCUGGAUCCAUUGAAGAUUAUUCUGCAAACUCUGGGCAUUUCUAUUGAGCACCUUAUGGAAGGGCUAAGGAAGUGUGUGAAUGAGAUUACCCCAGAGGCCUCUGAGUCCGUGACGAAACUGCUGGGGGCCCUUUCCCAUUUGGUGUGA